AGGGGUCUGUGGGCAAACGGCCAGGCCGGACCCAGGGGGCCACAGCCGUUAGAAAGGAAAUGGCCCUUGGGCAAGCAUGGCCAGCGGGAGAUGGUAUCAGCACCCCAACAUCCCCUCUGCACCCCCAGCACCCCCCCCAGCACAUGCUGCACCCCAUACACCCAUCUUGCACCCCUCAAACUGGAGCAGCCUCCACUGCUCCACCCACCUGCUGCCUUGGGCACCCCCAAACCUGCAGCCCAACCUCCCUGGGGGCCAUGUCUGUCCCACUGCGGGCAAGGACUCCCUCCCCCCCUCCCAGUGUCCCCAUGGUGUCCCCAGGGCCAGGCUGGGUGGCGCAAGGCUGUGGUGGUGACAUGUGGCCCCGUCCCCCCUAUAAAGGGGGACAAGGGGCAGAGCUCCCCCAGACACCAGGUGAGGAGCGGGGAUGGGGACAGGGACAUGGAGGGGGACAUCAGAGUGGGCUCAGCCCCUGGCUGCUGGGGUGGGGACCAGGGGUGGGCAUCCCUGAGGCUGGGACGAGGGUGUUGGGGGACACGGGGGUCUCUGGGAUGCCAGGAGUACGUGGGAGUGGCACAGGGGAAGGUGGAAGGACAGGGGGGAUAUGCGGCACAGAGGGGCAGGAUGAGGUGAGAGACACAAGGUGGAACUGGGGUGGCAGAAGGACAGUGGGGACAUGGGGUAUAGCAGAAGGGCCACAGAGAGAAGAGAUUGUUACCAAGGAUGGCAGAGGGACUCUGGACCAUGGUGGGGGGUGGCCAAGAGUGACAGGCCUGUGGCAUCUCCAGAGGGUGCUGGUGGUGUCCCCAGUGUUCCUGCAUGUCCUGCUACCAUGUGGCCCUGCCUGCUGCUCGCUCUCGCCCUGCUGGGCACUGUCUCUGCAAGCCACCCUGCCCCCUGCCAGCUCCAGGGGCUCCCCGCGGCUGAGGCCACCCAGCUGCACUACGUGGUGGUGAAGAAGCUGCGCACCUACUCGGGCGCUCAGCGCUACUGCCGGGACGUGUACCGGGGCCAGCUGGUCUCGGUGCACAGCGCUGCCCGCAACCAGGAGCUGCAGAAACUGGCACAAACCCACCACACCAUCGUCUCACCCUGGAUUGGAGCUGUCACCAGCCGCAGGGCGGGACAGUUGGAGUCCUACUGGGAGGACUCCAGCCCCUGGAACUAUGCGAACUGGGCACCCACCCACCCCUUCGGUAUUGUCACCACCUGCACCACCCUCAGCGUCCGAGAUGGGCUCUGGCGAAGCCGCUUCUGCUUCCAGCUGCGCCCCUUCAUCUGCCAGUACUGAACCCCCAGCGCUGCCAUGGCGCCCCAGUUCCUUUCCCAGUAAAGCAGAGAUGUCCUGA